AUGUAUACUGAUCUCAGCAACAAGCUCGUACUAGAGGCGAAACGGGCGCAUCAAUUGAGCCUAAGUUCGGGCCCAGAGCUGCUUCCUAUGUAUCAGGACGAACUUGUGAGAAGUAUAGUGCGAGAGGUAGGUCAACUGCGAAAGAACGCCGAGUUUCUGAGAACACAACAGGAGCAGAGUGAGGGUGGAGACAAGGUUGCGCACUGUCAGUAUUUUGUGACGCUUCUGUGCAUGGAACGCAAUAAAAGAUGCCUGAUGGCGUAUCAAAAGCUGCGAAGUGACGCGUUGGAUAGCCUUGCGUGGAAUCCAAACGGCACAGCAGACGCCACGCAACGAAACAGCGCAAACCUAUCACACCACGAGCAGGAGUAUUUGAGAGACUACGCCCAACUCCUCACAGAAAUGAAAAGCGGCGAUUACACAGAUAUCGAUCUUUCCGGAUCUUUGACACCUCCCAGCGACGUGUUUAUUGAUGUGCGGGUACUGAAGGACGCAGGGGAGAUACAGACGGAGUACGGGGUGUUCAAUCUGAUCAAGGACUCGCAAUUUUUCGUCCGCCAAGCUGACGUGGAGCGUCUUGUACAACAGGGGUAUCUACAGAAACUGUAA